UUAGCAGUCCGGACCCAGGCGCGCCCCUCCCGCCCCAGCCCACCCCGGCCUGCCGCCCGGGAGGAGAACAUGCCGCGCUCCUUCCUGGUGAAAACGCACUCCAGCCACAGGGUCCCCAACUACCGGCGGCUGGAGACGCAGAGAGAAAUCAAUGGUGCCUGCUCUGCCUGUGGGGGACUGGUGGUGCCCCUCCUCCCCCAAGACAAGGAGGCCCCUUCUGUGCCCAGCGACCUUUCCCAGCCCUGGGACCGCUCCUCAGCCGUCGCCUGCAUCUCCCUGCCCCUCCUGCCACGGAUCGAGGAAGCUCUGGGGGCCUCUGGGCCGGACGCCUUGGAAGUCAGCCGGGUUGACCCUCGGGCCAGCCGGGCCGCCAUUGUACCCCUCAAAGACAGCCUGAACCACCUCAACCUGCCCCCACUGCUGGUGCUGCCCACACGGUGGUCCCCGAUCCUGGGCCCAGACCGGCACGGGGCUCCAGAAAAACUGCUUGGGGCGGAGCGGAAGCCCCGAGCCCCCGGCGGCUUUGAGUGCUUCCACUGCCACAAACCCUACCACACGCUGGCCGGGCUGGCCAGGCACCGGCAGCUGCACUGCCACCUGCAGGUGGGGCGCGUCUUCACCUGCAAGUACUGCGACAAGGAAUACACCAGCCUGGGCGCCCUCAAGAUGCACAUCCGCACCCACACGCUGCCCUGCACCUGUAAGAUCUGUGGCAAGGCCUUCUCCAGGCCCUGGCUACUGCAGGGCCAUGUCCGCACCCACACAGGGGAGAAGCCCUAUGCCUGCUCGCAUUGCAGCAGGGCCUUUGCUGACCGCUCCAACCUUCGGGCCCAUCUGCAAACGCACUCAGACACCAAGAAGUACCAGUGCCAGCGCUGCGCCAAGACCUUCUCACGCAUGUCUCUCCUGGCACGGCACGAGGAGUCUGGCUGCUGCCCGGGCCCCUGAGAGGCACGUGGUCGGCGCAGGUAGGAGGGAUGGGCCUCACCCCGAGAGCUGGUGUCCCUCCUGCCGCCAGAGGAGCCGGGAGUCUGAGAGGGCAGGGCCUGGCCUCACACUUGGUGCAUACUCCAUAUCCGUGUCCAAUCAGAACCAAAGAAGUCCAGCAGGGCCACUGGGCUGGAGGACACUCACCCAGGCCUCUCACCCCGUGGAGCCCCCUCAGAGGAGACUCCUCUCCCAGGCAAGACUUUCAUCAGAACAAGAGCCAUGGUUCCAUUUCAACAUGGUCAGGUCUCUGGGUCUACCCUUCCAAGAGUCAGAGCCUUGGGGAGAUGGCCACCAGCGUGGCCCAGCACUGCCGCCUGACGGCUCGCAAUGCUGCCUAGUUCCCUUGCGGCAGAAAUGAACGGUUCUGACUUACAGUGAGCACGGCCCUGUGGUCCUUCCUCAGUAGGCACAACUACCUCUCAGCCGGCCCCCGCCAGCCUUUGGUUUGGGGUCUGGAACAAGCUGUCCCAUGUCACACGUCUAUGCACACGUGCACACACACUCCAACAUGUACACACACGUGCCCUCCCCACCUCACUAGACUUUCCGGAAGAUGGGGCAGUACUGGGAGAGCCCAAGAUUGCUGGCUCGGGUGUGUUGGGAUGAGGCGGAGUACCUCUGGGAUUUGUCCUGCUCAGAGCCUCAGGGGGCUGGGGUCUCAGGGCACUCAGCUUCCCAGGCAAGAAUAGCUGUGGGGUAAUAAAUGGUCU